AUCAAAGAGAACGUACGCAAGGAGCAGGUCGCGGUGGUAGUGCACUUAUGCCGGCGUAUCUAUCAACGUCAACACCAAAUUGACCGAACACCUUCUUCGUGGCCUUCCAAUUACGCCAACUACUUUUGUUAUUUUAGAAAAUAAAAGUAAACCCAAAUUCUUUUUGUUUACUCCUAAUCAAAAACCAUAAACUCUUUACAAACCCAUUUUUUUUCCUCUCUCCCCUCUAAUCUUGAUCUCUUUCUUCUCAAAUAUUUUGGUUUUCUUAUUAUUACGCCAUUAUCCAAUCCGAUUUCUGACUUUUAAGGGGAGAAAAAAGCAAGUAAAUAAAUAAAUAACAAGUUGAAUUUCCGUAAGAUCCGGUUGAUUCAAUUUCGGAUUAUUCUUUUUGGGCCGUUUUAUAAUUGCAAUUGCAAAACACCUCUUCAUUGUUAAUCAUCAAUUAUAUCUGAGUUUUAAUCCUUUUUCCUAAGUUUGAUGCUUUCGCUUCAGGUACAAUGGUGAAGAUAUCCAUGAAAUUUAGAUGAUGGGUUCGGUAUUGUGCGUCACAUUCGAAGAAGGCAUCUGCACUAGAUUCUGUAACUUCAGGAGGCCUGUUUAUCUGAUUACUUUUGUGUAAGGGCUCUUUGGACACCAUGGGGGAGUGGGUUAUUGGAGCCUUCAUUAAUCUUUUUGGAAGCAUUGCUAUAAACUUUGGGACUAACCUUCUCAAGUUAGGUCAUACCGAGAGAGAAAGAUUUGUGCUCGAGAAUAAAGAGACUAAUGGAAAGAUUGUAUUGAAGCCCAUCUCUCAUUUUCAGACUUGGAGAGUAGGCAUUCUAUUUUUUGCUUUUGGAAACUGCCUAAACUUUUUUUCGUUUGGAUAUGCUGCUCAGUCACUUCUUGCAGCUCUGGGAUCUGUUCAGUUUGUGUCAAACAUUGCGUUUGCGUACUUCGUUUUGAACAAAAAGGUUUCAGUAAAGGUACUGGUAGCCACAACUUUUAUUGUUCUUGGAAAUGUUUUCCUUGUUGCCUUUGGCAAUCACCAGUCACCUGUGUAUACACCAGAGGAGUUGGCAGAGAAGUACAGCAACAUUACGUUCCUGUUGUACUGCUUGACUUUGAUAUUUAUUGUUGCCUUCAACCACUAUGUUUACAGGAGAGGGGAAAUCCUUGCAACUUCUGGGCAUGAAUUCAAGUCCUAUUGGCAAAUGCUGCUUCCUUUUUCCUAUGCAGUUGUUUCAGGCGCAGUGGGAUCAUGUUCUGUGUUGUUCGCUAAAUCUCUCUCUAAUCUUCUGAGAUUGGCCAUGUCCAGUAAUUAUCACUUACAUACUUGGUUCACAUACUCCAUGCUUCUGCUGUUUCUUAGCACAGCCGGUUUCUGGAUGGCUAGGUUGAAUGACGGGCUGGCAUUUUUUGAUGCAAUAGUCAUAGUUCCCAUGUUUCAGAUUGCAUGGACUUUUUUCUCUAUCUGUACAGGAUUUGUGUACUUUCAAGAAUAUCAGGUCUUCAAUACACUACGGACAACAAUGUUUAUUCUGGGUAUGAUGUCUGUUUUCGUAGGCAUCACUUUGCUUGCUCCAGAUGAGACUAAAGGUGGUGAAGCCAAAGAGAGUUCCUUGGAUGCUAUCACAUCCUCAAGUGUUGCAAAUGAUGAGGAAAAGUUAUUGGUGACAUCACAUGAAGAUACACAAAGCAAAGAGGUGAAGCCACUUUUACAAACUAUGUUAACAAAGGCUGUAGAUAUCAUGCUUAAAGUAAAGACUAAUUGCUUAUUAGCGUUAGGAAUGGGAGAGAAUUCGAUGAAUGCAUCCUCAGUUUUGGCGAUGCCUAUGUUAUCAUCGAAGAUAACAGGAUUUAGAGGCAGUACUGUUGACCGGGCCAAGUUUUUCCCGAUGAGAGGCACUGGUUGGGAUAAGAUCCCGUUGGACGAGGACAAACUGUUGGAGACUAGUUAACUGGUCUCGCAGAGUCUGUGAUAGGAUUAGUUUUGUGGAAUCUUUUACACCAUUUUUCUGGUAUCACAUUUGACACCCCUAUAUUUUUCAGUUUCAGUUAAAUUCUUUAGGACACUAGAGUGAUGUGUAAAUUUUUUAUUUCUUCUAGUCUGAAAUCAAAAUGUAUUUUUAUAGUUGUACAUACUCAGUUCUCGGAUCCACGAUAUUUGUUGUACUAAAAAAUUUCCAAGUAAAUAUGUCAAAGAUAUUGAUAUAUCCAGAUUCCCAGCAA